AUGCCUGUGCCCGAUUUAGUCUUAGAUCCAGCCCUUAAACUAUGGGUACUAUUACCGAUCUCUGUGGUGAUGGUGCUGGUCGGUAUUCUUCGAAGCUACAUUUCUGUCUUAUUGCAACCAAAGAUGAAACUGCAGGACUAUAAACUCGUCAGAGAACAACAGCAUUUGGCAAGACUACGGACCUACAGACGCAAUUACUCUGUUUUCUGGGCGAAGCAGGAACUCCAGAAUAAAAUCGACUUUUUCAUCUCAGAAUACUCUGGUACGAAGUAUUUGAAGGAAUUGCCUCCUAGCGACCCAAAUGAAAUCAAAAACCCAUUAGCAGAUGCCAAUUCCUCGGACUUUUUGUUGCAAAUGGUGAAAAACAAUUUCGCCAACUACGUGCCCCAGACCUUGAUCAUGUGGUGGGUUAACUACUUCUUUAAGGGUUACGUGGUGAUGCGUUUGCCAUUUAAUCUUACCGGAAAUUUCAAGAGCAUGUUGCAGCAAAGUAUAGACACAACUGAUCUGGACGUCACGUACGUCAGCGCCAUUUCCUGGUACUUUGUGAACCUGCUCGGUUUGAAGAGUAUUUACUCGUUGCUUCUUGAUGAUGGUGACAUUGUGAAUCAGCUUAUGGCCCAGCAGCAGCAGCAACCAAUGGUGCCCCCAAUAGCUGGCGCAGGUCCGUCGGUCGAUAAACAGUUUAAAGCAGAGCUUGAGAACCUGCAAAUAGUGCCUUUCAAGAGCUGUCUUGAUGGCAUUGAAAGUCGGUUUGCUGAAAAAUGGGAAUAA